GCGAGCUCGUUCUGUCACUCACAGGUAUCGGGACGUGUGCGUCCUAUUCGUAUUUUAUUUGAUUUGACUUUUUUUUUAAUUAAAGUGUGAUUGUGAACGUAAAGAUUAAUUAAUAGUGAGACAAUUUAUAGCUUCUCUAUGGAUAUUUUUAAUGAACGUCGUCUACAGGUACAUCAAUAAAGUUUCACAAGAAUUGGAAACGUCCUUGGUGAUUAGAAUGCAUUGAAAAAAAUUUGCAAUAGAUGUUUGGUUUUUCCCACGGCUAUAAAUCAUGGAAGAGACAUAUGAGUGGUGUUGAUACGGAUUUACAAUAAAGGACUAUGGACUUUCAAAAUAAUGAUGUGGGCGUUCGUGCCCUACAAUAGCAUCGAUACAAACAAAUAUUGGGAGAGUUUGUGGGAAUCCCGCAUGUUGCGCCGACGACGGCAGUGCGGAGCCGCGCGGCCCGCAGCAACGGGCGCGAGGGGAGCCGGAGCGCCGCGCUGGAGGAGUGGCUGCACUUUGCCGCGAUUGGUUUCCCGGCGCACUCGUGCCACUGCCGUAAGCGCCCGCUUCAUGUACUCGAAUCUGCUCUCUCUAUCGUCACACUACGACUGAGAAUAGCACUCGCACACGCGCUCUCGACACUCUCGGACGCACUACUCAUUGGUUCAAAACGUACGUCGAGCGACGUAUUAUGGUAAUAUAAAUUGACCAACCGUAGACCAAAUUCGGUUAGUUCGUUAAAGUUGAUUAAAGCCAUUUAACCGGGACGGACACGAGGAUACGAACGGCGCGAGCGUUCGUCGAUCCCGGGGGUUUGGUUAAAUGAAGUCAAAUUGUUUAAUAUCGCAGUAGAUAAAUCUGAGUGUCGGGUCGAGUUCGGUGGAGCGAGCUGUGCACGGCAGGCAGCGAGGCCGCCGCGACGGAGCCGAGCGAGGUGCGCGCCGAGGUAGCGGGCCCGCUGCCGCCCGCCGCCGACGGCUACAUGUACGUGUGCGAGGGCGCCGGCGCCGGCUCGCGCUACGAGUGCGCCUUCGAGCCAGGCCACCACAUGGAGCAGCCACCCUUCGACGACCACAUGUUCGGCGAGUUCGGCAAGGAGCACCACGUGCAGGUGGUGGUGGGCGAGAUCAGCGAGCUGUACCGUGACGAGCGGCCGGUCGCAUUCGCACCCGCCAGUGACCAGAAGCGUAAGGAGGAGCCUUUGCUACUGCAAGCAGUGGACUCCAGCCCGGCAACGCAUCCACCGCCGCCGCCACCACCAACCUCUACUAAGAAGAGCGAUAAAAAGAAAAGCGACAACAACGGAAUCAAGAAGAAGAAAACUAGGACCACUUUUACGGCGUAUCAACUAGAGGAAUUAGAACGAGCGUUUGAGCGCGCACCAUACCCUGAUGUUUUCGCAAGAGAAGAACUGGCUCUUAAACUUAACUUGUCUGAAUCACGAGUACAGGUCUGGUUCCAAAAUCGAAGAGCGAAAUGGCGUAAGCGAGAGCCUCCGCGCAAAACUGGUUAUAUCGGGUCCAGUUCUCCAAGCUCUACGACUUUAGGAGGUAGUUUCUCUGGAAUUGGAGGCAACUUACCAGCGUUCCCUCAGAAUGGCCUCCCUGCUCCAUCUGACUCCUGGUCGUACCAACACCCCUAUGAAAUAUCCUCGCACCAUCUUCUGUCAUCAAGCAGUGCUGGAUAUCCAAGUUUCAACACUCAGCCGGGGGCGUAUUCUUACACGACCGUCCUCAAUGGCCACGACGGACAAAUGUUCGCUCCGAGGCACUCCUACGAAUACGGAGAAGGUAGUCCACCUCCGUUGGGAGUCCGCGAUUACCCGAUGAUGGCAGCUCAUUCGCCACAGAUGGAGGCACAUUCACAUGACGAAAAGCUCGAGUAUCGUUCGCACGAGCACGAAGACAAAUACCCGGCGUGCGCGCUGCAGGAGGAGCCGCCGCGGUACGCUGCGCCAGGGGAGGAAUACGACAAGUGCGCACUGGUCGCACACGAUAAGCAUUACGAAAUGGAGCGCCACUCUGACCUCACGCAGCCUGUCGUCGUCAAGAUGGAGCCCAGCAGCGGCCAGGCUUACACCACGUUGCCUCCUUUUUUGAAUUGAAAUACUCCUUUUCGAAAUUAUCCUAGCAUUAGUGUAUGAAGCCAGAGUAAUUUCGAAAGGGAGUAUUAGCAAGUAAUGUCGCAGACGAUGAUGCAGACUGUCUUCUGUAUCCUUGUUUUAUUCUCAAGCCCUGCCUAUAUUUUGUAUGAAUUAAUUCAUGCUGAUUAUUACAUCGUUUCAGAAAUGAGUUCAUAUAAAGUGUAGGUACCUUCUUUCGAUUUGAAUAUAAUAAAUUCUAUUAUUACUAUUCGACUAGGUAUUGAAUUAGUUAGGUAAAUUUUUAUAUUUU